AUGUCGGUGAUGGCAAGCGCUAUGCCACCGAAGGCUAAGGCAGGUUCGAGAGAGUUUCAAACUUCAAAGAAGUACUCGUCUCGUGAAGCUCUCGUGGAUAUGCCUAAGGAAUACUGUGAAACCUAUGUUGUUCGUAAACCUAUGGGUGCUCGAAUCCAUAAAAGCGAUUGUCGAAUCACACACAUAGACGUGAAUUCGGCGUUAAUUGGAAAAGUUUUUGUCGGUGACAAAAUCAUCGCUCUGGAUAACGUUCCAAUAAAGAACAGUGAAGAAAUCCAUACGAAACUUAAGGAACCAUCAGAAAAAGUAUCCGUAAAAAUCAAGCAUGGUAUGUGGUCAUGGUGUCAACAUCGAUGUACGACACUUGAACGAAUUCAAAUGGAUAAAGAUACGGAGAAGGUCACUGGUCGAGCAAUCGAUUUGUAUUUUGUGGCAAUCCAGCUGAGCAAUGCUCCAGAAAUGACAAAUGUUGAGUUAGGACUUCAUGUAAAAUACGAUGCAAGAGAAAGACUUCAGGUACAUAACGUAGACUACGCAAGUAUUGCUUCAGUACAUUUACGUCCAGGCGACGUCAUACGUGAAGUGAACGAUAAACCGGUUGCUAGCAAAGCUAUGCUCAAGUACUACAUAAGUGAAAGUGCCAAGCAAGAAGGACGUGUACUACUUCUUGUCGAGUGCCCUUCUGGAGAAGCAUAUCGAGAUAGUUGUGAUAUGGCACCGGAUGUAGCAGAGAUUGCUUCGAAGCAGCUCGAAAAAUUCAAGAAAACCAUGAGUGUGGCCCCAUCUCGAAGCAUCUAUAAAAGUGUACAAGCUAAGAAAUCGGUCAGUAUUGCACCUCAAGAAAAGACAGAGGUGGAAAUAGCAGCGGAUUUUGAUCCAUCGAAACUUCGACCAUGUAAAAAUGCAAAAUAG